CACCCUCGCGGGGAGCGGGGUUUAAAAGCCCGGGCGGCCGGGGGCAGACGCUCAGAGGUGGGAGGCAGGGCCGGGCGGAGCGGCGAGCGGGCAGGAGGGCGAGGAGCGGCGGGGGGCGGGCGGGCAGCGAGCCUCAUCGCGCCCCAUCGCAGCCCGCGUCCUCCCCGGCGGCGAUGUCCAACGUGCACCUCUCCGGCGCCGCCGCCCUGGAGCGCCUGUCUGCCUGGCGAGCGCUGGUGGGGAGCGGCCGCAGCCCCGUCUGCAGGAGCCUCUUCGGGCCGGUGGACCACGAGGAGCUGGGCCGGGAGCUGCGGAACCGCCUGCGGGAGAUGGGGGAGGACGAGCAGCGCCGCUGGGACUACAACUUCCACACCGACACGCCGUUGCCGGGGCCCGGCCGCCUGCGCUGGGAGGCGGUGGAUAGCGGCGCCGUGCCCGCUUUCUACCGGGAGACGCUGCAGGUGGGGCAGCACCGCGUCCCGCUCCACCGGGCGCCUCCCUCCCCGCCGCCGCCGCCCGCCGCCGCCGCGAAGGGCCCCGGGGGGCGGCUGAGCCGGGAGAACCGUGCCGCGCCCCGCUGCCCGCGGCUCCGCCGGAGGGGCCCGACGGUCCGCAUCACAGAUUUCUUCGCGAGGAGGAAAAGGCCGGCGGAGCCCAAGGCGGUGGCGGAGCGCCCCGCCGGCUGCUCGCCGCCCCCCGCCGCCGUGUCGGCUGAGCAGACCCCCCGCAAGCUGCUCCGAUGAGUCAGACUUUUGCACUACGGCACCCACGGGAGAGGCGCGCCGCCCCCGCAGGCGAGGCGCCCCGGAGGCGCGGGGUUCGGAGCGGGCGGCGCGGCGAGCCGGGACCCCCCGGCGCCCAGCGGGAGCGGAGCCGGAGCGGAGCCCGAGCGGAGCCCGCCGGCCGCGCGGAGCAGUGUUAACGUACAACUGUGCAAUGUAUUACGUGUUAUAUAGAAAUGUACUAUGCCUAAUGUUGAGUACACUGGCCAGAAGUGUAAAAGCUUUAAAAGUCAUUUAUAUGGAAAUGUUUAAUCUCUGCUGAGCUCUCAGUGCAAACAAAAGGAAAAAAAAGGAAAAAGAAAACGAAACAAGCAACUGUAUAUUUGUACAAAACUUUUUUUUAAGAGUUAUACUAACUUAUAUUUUCUAUUUAUGUCAGAAAUGUGGAUAACUUCGACAUCCAAUAGGGUUUUUUUUUGUUGUUGUUUUCUUUUGGUUAAGCCAAAGGGCACUAUAUUUGCUUUUGUUAUUUACAAAAUGUAAAUUUAUUUUUAUAGUGGGAUUAUUUUUUUUUUUUUGCAUUCACAAGAUGUAGCUAUGAAUCAAAAUAUUUUCUAGACUUUUACUUGACAACUCUGUUUCACUGGUUCCUGAGCCGGUUUGUACCACUGCCAUUGCAAAUAAUGCCACAACUUCAAUAAUAAAGAAAUCCAGGAAACCAGUGCGAGGCUGCUCGGUGCGUGC